AUGCGUGAAGGCCGUCUCUGUCGAAGCCGAGUGAAUAUCUCGAUGCGUGAAGGCCGUCUCUGUCGAAGCCGAGUGAAUAUCUCAAAGCGCCAAGAACGUCUCUGCACGUCGAAGUCGAUAAUCCUCGCCCAGAUUUACUUUUUUUCUUCAUCACUCGAUUUUUCUUUUCUUCUCUUUCCUAUAGACGUUCAAUUCUCUCUUGCUCUCUCUCUCUUAUUCCAUACUACAGGCUUUAAGUCUUUCUUUGUCAUUUGCUGUUUGUCCCACCCUGUUUCACAGACACUUUUUCCCUGUCUUUUAUCAUUUCUCAUCUGCAGACGACAUCUUAAGUGGGAUAAAAUACUCUCACAUAUCUCAUUUUCUUCUUACGUAACCCCCCCAAAAAAAAAACCCCGUGAUUAUGGGGCUUUUCCCCAUCUCUAUCGCCUUCCAAAAAUCCCUUCCCCACCUUCUUUCUUGGUACGCUACUUUCUCUCUGUUCCUGCCAAAUCUAUCAUCAGUCUCACUUCGACCACGACUUGCUUUUUAAUUUCUUUAUCUGAAUUCCGACAUUGUAAUCACCUGCCUUUUUUUUUUCUUCGUCUUCUUUUUCACUUGACUCCACCCAUUCAACUGGUGGCUACCCAAUUCUUUGAUCAUGUCUUGGCCUGCUACUUUUUUUUUUCUCCAAAUUUCUUAAUUUCUAUUCUUUGUACUUUCUUUCUAUUCUUCUGCUUAAUCUUUCAUUACGAUCUUUCUCGUCUUUUCAUCAUUACGUUCCCCCACUCUCGCCUCUUCUUUUUUUUCUACGUUUUCUUCAUUGUUUUUGUUUUCCUUUUUCUCUCAUUUCCUUUUUUACUUCUCUUGUUUUCUCUCCCUAAUUUUUUGCUUCUCUCUCUCUCUCCAGUUUUUACGUCUCUCUCUCUCUUCAAUGUUUACUCCUCUCUCUUUUCAUUUUCUACUUCUCUCUCUCUCUCUUUUCAUUUUCUAAUUUUCUCUUCAUUUUCUAAUUUUCUAAUUCUCUCUCUGCAUUUGUUAUUUCUCUCUCUCCCUUUCUUCAUUUGUUACUUCUCUCUCUCUUACUUGAUUUGUUACUGCUCUCUCUCUCUCUCUCUCGAUUUCAUACUUCUCUUUCUCUCUUGA